GGUGUGUAAAGCAACACGCUACUGCGGCUUUUGUCACAUUUUAUCCUUUUCUUUAAGUCUUGUUGUAUAGUUCCUGUGUUUAUGUGCAGCCACCUACCGGUUGAUUAAAAAAAGAAAGAAAGAAAACAUUGGAAGGGCACCUUCUUACUUAGGACAGUGACAGUUGCGUACACUUUGCACUUUUUCUUCAUAAAUCUAGUUUUGUCAUCUGCUUCAUCAACUUCACAGAAUGGCAGCUGUAGGACUUAGAGCGUCAUAUCUCAGAGCUCUCGAUAAAAUUGAAUUACUUCUUCCGGCUAAAAUGAGACCAUUCUAUAACCACCCGGCAGGUCCUAAAACUGUAUUUUUCUGGGCUCCAAUUAUGAAGUGGGGUUUGGUAAUAGCAGGAUUGGCUGAUUUGACUAGACCAGCAGACAAACUUAGCACAGCCCAGUCUGGAGUAUUAACAGCUACAGGGUUCAUUUGGUCACGCUAUUCCCUAGUCAUUAUUCCAAGGGUCUGGAAUCUUUUUGCUGUGAAUUUCUUUCUUGGAUGUGCAGGAAGCUCCCAGCUCUACCGUAUUUGGAGGUACAACCAGGAAUUAAAGCAAAUUGAAAAACAGGAGCAACAAGUUUGAGCAGAAGUUUCACACCACAGAGCCUACUAUUUGUUACUAAAGUAAUCAUGUCUUGCUUGUGAGCAAAGUCAUGUUUUAAUGGAGAGUUUUUAUUUAUAAUGUAUAACUAUGCCUGUCCGAAUUAAAUUGGCAAUAAGAGGUU